AUGCAGCGUUCACCAGCUUUGGUUCGCAAAAUUCUUCGCCAAGGAAGCAACCACAUCCAAACCGUUAAUUCCAGGCCAUGUGACGUGUUCAUUAACCACCGUGGGAUUGACACCAAGAGAACCGUGGCCGGGUUGCUCUUUUACCAUUUCUCGCGGCUCAGGCUGCAUCCGUUUUUGGACAGCAAGAACAUGAAACCUGGGGACAAGCUGUUCGAUGAAAUCGAUGCUGCGAUUCGAAAAUGCAAGGUGGGGCUUGCCGUGUUUUCGCCUCAGUAUUGUGAAUCUUACUUUUGUCUUCAUGAGUUGGCUCUGUUAAUGGAGUCCAAGAAGAGGGUGAUACCAGUUUUCUGUAAUGUAAAGCCGUCUCAGCUUAGGGUCAGGGACAAUGGAACUUGCUCUCCAGUUGAACUUCAAAGGUUCAGUUGGGCGCUUGAAGAAGCCAAGUAUACCGUUGGACUUACUUUCGACUCCUCCAAAGGGGAUUGGUCGGAGUUCCUGAGAGACGCUUCUGAUGCGGUGUUGCAGAACUUGCUGGAGGUAGAAGGAGAAGGAGCAUACAAGAUUGACCAUAAAUACGAUUUUCAGGAUCAAUGUUAA